ACAGCCUGCCUCAGACACCAGCACAGCUUUCUGCCUGUGUCCACUCCCGGUGGGCUCCUCACGACAAAAGCUAACAGCCAGCAGCAUGGCUACAAAAUGUGGAGAUUGUGGGCCUGGCUACCCUACCCCUCAGGAGGCCAUGAAAGGACCCAGGGAGGAGAUUGUCUACCUGCCCUGUAUUUACCGAAACACAGGCACUGAGGCCCCGGAUUACCUAGCCACUGUGGACGUUGACCCCAAGUCUCCCCAGUAUUCCCAGGUCAUCCACCGGCUGCCCAUGCCGCACCUGAAGGAUGAGCUGCAUCACUCAGGAUGGAACACCUGCAGCAGCUGCUUCGGGGACAGCACCAAGUCUCGCAACAAGCUGGUGCUGCCCAGUUUCAUCUCCUCCCGCAUCUAUGUGGUGGAUGUGGGCACCGAGCCCCGUGCCCCGAAGCUGCACAAGGUCAUUGAGGCCAAGGACAUCCAUGAAAAGUGUGGCCUGGGCACCCCUCACACCAGCCACUGCCUGCCCACUGGGGAGGUGAUGAUCAGCACCUUGGGAGACCCCAAGGGCAAUGGCAAAGGGGGUUUCGUGCUGCUGGAUGGAGAGACAUUUGAAGUGAAGGGGACGUGGGAGAGGCCUGGGGGCUCUGCGCCUAUGGGCUAUGACUUCUGGUACCAGCCUCGACACAAUGUCAUGAUCAGCACCGAAUGGGCAGCUCCCAAUGUCGUACAAAAUGGCUUCAAUCCCGCCGAUGUAGAGGCAGGGCUAUAUGGGAAGCACUUACACGUGUGGGACUGGCAGCGCCAUGAGAUCGUGCAGACCCUGCUUAUGCCGGACGGGCACAUCCCCCUGGAGAUCCGCUUCCUGCACGACCCGGCUGCCUCCCAGGGCUUCGUGGGCUGUGCCCUCAGCUCCACCAUCCAGCGCUUCUACAAGAAUGAGGGAGGUACUUGGUCAGUGGAGAAGGUGAUCGAGGUGCCCCCCAAGAAAGUGAAGGGCUGGAUGCUGCCCGAAAUGCCAGGCCUCAUCACUGACAUCCUGCUGUCCCUGGACGACCGCUUCCUCUACUUCAACAACUGGCUGCACGGGGACAUGCGGCAGUAUGACAUCUCUGACCCAAAGAGGCCUCGCCUCGUGGGACAGAUCUUCCUAGGGGGCAGCAUUGUUAAGGGAGGCCCUGUGCAAGUGCUGGAGGACCAGGAGCUAAAAUCCCAGCCAGAGCCCCUUGUGGUCAAGGGGAAACGUGUGCCUGGAGGCCCUCAGAUGAUCCAGCUCAGCCUAGAUGGGAAGCGUAUCUAUGUCACCACGUCACUGUACAGUGACUGGGACAAGCAGUUUUACCCUGACCUCAUCAGGGAAGGCUCCGUGAUGCUGCAGAUCGAUGUAGACACAGUAAAGGGAGGGCUGAACCCAGUAGCAAAUAAUGUGCCCCGUCACACAGGAGACAUCCUAGACAGCUGA